AUCUUCGAGACAGCGAGACUGACACAUUAUCUUCCAUUUCAAGAGAGAGAGAGAGAGAGAGUUGUGCUGAACUUGAAACUUUGAAGUUUGAUUUUUGAAUUGUGAAGUGAAGCUGUGAACGUUUUUAUAUUGUACUUUUUGUGUGUACUAAAUGCUUGAAUAUUUCUUAGGCUCAGCUGUUUUUAUUUGUUUAUUUUGGUUUUCUGAAGCUUGAUCAUCACAUUUGACUCUAUGUGAAAGAUUCUUCUGAUUUUUUCAGUGUUUUCUUUUAAUGUUUAUAUUAAAUGAGAUUUUGAGUGUUUUGUGUCUGUUUCUCAAUUAUGAGGCAGAAACCGUUUCUGGGUGUUUCUGAUUCUGAGGAAACUGUUUUUGGGUCGCUGUGUUAAUGUCUUUGGAGCAUGAAAGACGCGGUUUUGCUGAAGACAAGGGUGUGCUUGAUUGCUGAUUCUGGAAGCAUUACAUUCACAGGACUUAGUAUUGUUGAGAGUUGUCAAAGCAAAGUCUUGGGUAGUUAGUUGGUGAUCCUUUGAGGCACGUUAGUGUGUGUCUGAGUCAGAGAGAGAGAGAGAGAGAGAAGAGAGACAUUGUGUGUUAUCAGUUACUGAUUCUUAAAGAAACACUGGAGAACAAGACUGAUUUUGGGCAUCACUUAAAAUUCUAAUGGUUCUCAACAAGACAAUAUCUUUGAAUAUUGAGCUAGUCAACUUGAUUUGAGAUAGAGACUUGUGUCUUCCCUUGAAAGGAAAGCCUCUCCCUUUCUCAUACCAGUAGCCCCAUUUAUGAAGAGAAAGAUGGGAAAACACAGCUAAGACUUUUACUUUCUUCAUUCUCUCUUAGAAGAAUCCUUGACCGUUGAUAUGGGUCAGAUCAAAACCAAGAUGACAAAGCUCUCUAGAUUCAUCUUUGACCCUCUCACUAUAACCAAUCUUCAUCAUGGUUGAAAAGUGAAGUUACUGUUUUGUUUCCUAAUGACCAAUAUAUUCCUAGGAAGGGUACUAUAUUACACUUGUACCAUGUGUUAGGUGUGUCUUUUGGGACUCACAUGGAGGGGUAGUUUUGGAUUUGUGACUAAAAUAUCUGCCGACGGGCUUCUUUAUUGGGGGCAUUGUUUUAGCCAUCAAAAGCAUUUUAUUUCAUUUCCAUCAACAACUAUAGUUCAUCUACCAUAAUUUAAUUAUAAUCAUAAUAAUAUUUAAUUUAUAACAAUUUUAAUAUAUAAUUAUAAUUUUCCAAGGGCAUUAAAUGAUCACAAUUGCUAAAGUGAGAGGAAAGACUAGUGGGGCAUGUUUAGGUACUUCAGUUUUGUUGGUCGAGUCAUGCCUUCAGUAAACAAGCUUUGUGUGAUCAUAAGAGAUUCUCGAAGCUGUUCUGGGUGUUGAACUAGUUGUUUUUUUGUGCCUCAGAGUUUUCUAUUGGAUUCUUAAUUUAUAAUUUAAGAAUUGUAUGAUUGCAACUGCUCCACCACAACCUAUCUAAUUUUCUAUUUACAAAUUGGCAUCUUGGUCAUUUCUUUGAAGGCUUGGUUUUCUUGCAUUCUAUUUGGUGGCAGCUAAUCAUCGGUUUUCUGCAACUACCAAAUCAAAACCAUGGUGGAAGAUGGUGACGAGGUUGCACUUGAUGCACGUUCUGCUGAAGAGUGGUUGUUAUGUGCACAGGAACUUGUUCCUAUGGCCCUUGAUAAGGCAAGAGUGGUUAAGGGCUUCCCUGGUAGAUGGAAGAUGAUAAUUUCGAAAUUGGAACAGAUCCCGUUGCAUCUAUCGGACUUGUCAAGCCAUCCGUGCUUCUCAAAGAAUGCUCUUUGCAAGGAGCAGUUACAGGCUGUGUCGAAGACACUCAGAGAAGCAAAUGAAUUGGCUGAGUUGUGUUUGAAGGAGAAGUACGAGGGUAAGCUUCGGAUGCAAAGUGAUCUUGAUGCGUUAAUUGGGAAACUUGAUUUGAAUUUAAGGGAUUGUGGGCUUUUGAUCAAGACUGGUGUGCUUGGUGAGGCUACUUUACCAAUGGCUGUGUCUAGUUCAGUGGUGGAAUCAGAUGUUGCAACACACAACAACAUAAGGGAAUUGCUGGCACGCCUUCAGAUCGGGCACUUGGAGGCAAAGCACAGAGCUUUGGACAGCGUGGUUGAAGCCAUGAAAGAAGAUGAAAAGAAUGUUUUAGCUGUUCUUGGUCGGAGCAACAUUGCUGCUUUGGUUCAGUUGCUCACAGCUACCUCUCCCAGGAUAAGAGAGAAGACAGUAACAGUUAUAUGCUCGCUAGCAGAAUCGGGGAGCUGCGAGAAUUGGCUAGUUUCUGAAGGCGUUCUUCCACCUCUUAUAAGGCUUGUGGAAUCAGGCAGUGCCGUGGGGAAAGAAAAGGCGACAAUAUCCCUUCAGAGGUUGUCCAUGUCAGCAGAAACAGCACGAACAAUGGUGGGACACAGCGGGGUUCGUCCUUUGGUUGAGCUUUGUCAAACUGGUGAUUCUGUGUCGCAGGCCGCAGCUGCAUGUACUCUGAAGAACAUAUCAGCUGUUCCUGAGGUGAGACAAGCUUUGGCAGAAGAAGGGGUUGUGAGGGUGAUGAUCAAUUUGCUUAACUGUGGAAUCCUCUUAGGUUCCAAAGAGUAUGCAGCAGAGUGCUUACAGAACCUCACUGCAAGCAAUGAGAAUCUAAGGAAGAAUGUUAUAUCAGAAGGUGGUGUUAGGAGUCUUCUGGCUUAUCUUGAUGGUCCACUUCCUCAAGAAUCCGCAGUUGGAGCAUUGAGGAAUUUGGUUGGAUCAGUUGCUGAAGAAACCUUGAUUUCCCUUGGCCUAAUUCCCCGAUUGGUUCAUGUGUUAAAGUCCGGAUCCUUAGGCGCUCAGCAAGCUGCCAUGGGAGCAAUAUGCCGAGUUUGCAGCUCGACUGAGAUGAAGAAACUGGUUGGUGAAGCUGGAUGCAUCCCUCUGCUUGUGAAAAUGCUUGAGGCUAAGUCAAACAGUGCUAGAGAGGUUGCUGCUCAAGCAAUUGCAAGCUUAAUGAUUGUGUCUCAGAACCGUAGAGAAGUUCAGAAGGAUGAUAAAAGUGUGCCAAACUUGGUUCAGUUGCUUGAUCCAAGUCCGCAGAACACUGCUAAGAAAUAUGCAGUUUCUUGCCUUGGAUCACUUUCUUCAAGUAAGAAGUGUAAGAAGCUAAUGAUCUCAUAUGGGGCAAUUGGGUAUCUCAAGAAACUCACUGAGAUGGAGAUUCCAGGAGCUAAGAAGUUACAUGAGAGGUUGGAGAGAGGGAAAUUGAGAAGUUUGUUUAGCAAGAAAUAGAGGAAAAAACUGUUUAACUUCCUUUUUGUAUCACACAGCAAAAUGCUAAGUUGCAAACAGGAAUGUGCAUGCUUACUAAUCCACGUAUUAUAGUUAGUCCUAGAUUAUAUUAUAAAUAUUUAAACUUUGUGUACUCUGUCUCCUUCCAUCUCUUUUGUUUUCUUCCAAAUUUCUUGGGGGAAUGUCUAAUAAUAAGUUAAAUCUACUUGUUUUAC